CUUUAUUGGCGAAUAUUAUUUAAUCGCGUUUAAACCAACAAAAAACUGUUUGAUAAGAUAUCCCAGGCAGGAUAAGACAUGAAAACUUACCAGUUCACUAUACUUACUUGAUGUAGACGCAACAGUUAAACAAUGGGUGUGUAUCACAUAUGAUAUGACUCAUGGGGCAGGAUGUUCCUAAAAUACAAUUUAUUUUUUAUCGUUAGUCGUAUUUUGUGAGUCUGCUUGCAUACAUGUGUUGUGGUGUAUGUCUGGUGAAUAAGUUCCUAAUGUGAUUUGUGGUGCGGACAUAGGCACAAAGUUGUAACUAAAUGAGCAGCAACAGCAACGUCAGUGACAGUGCGACGCAAGCAGGUGACGCCGAUGGCGCUCCUCCAGCUAAGCGGCCGAUGACAAACGGUGAUUUAACAACAUUACAAACAAACACAAACCCAAACACACAGUUGGUGAGAAUGAUUUGCCAGGAUUUGCAGUCUGACAUAGUGAACUUCACUGGUUUUCGGAACUUUUUCAUCAGUUGUGUGCCAAAUUACACUUUACCAUCCAGGCAAGAUGUCUUGGAGAAACUCAUUCCUGAAGAAUACAAUAAAGAAAAAAUUAAGUUGAAAGAAAACUUGAAAUCAGUGGAUGAUUUGGCCAUCUCAAUAGAAGUUUGGCGGUGGGACAAUGGUCAGGCAGGUCAUAUUAAGAUGUGGAGUCUGACCAUUCAUUUUAUUCAUCAAGACCAAUAUGUAUCGCAAAAUUUGUUAACAUUGGAACAGAAAGCCAAUGUGGCAGAAAUCGCAAAAGAAAUCAAAACAGCUCUGAUUGAUUGGGAGAUUCUAGAUAAAGUUGUGUGUUUUGUUAUACAGAAAGUUCACUCAAAUAAACCAAACCUCCAAUUGGCAGUUACAAAAGAAUUGAAGAUACCACACGUGUACUGUGUGGCUUCUGCAAUAAACCAAGUAGUGGAAGACGGCUUGCAAUACAUUUAUGUAACCAAAGACUUCCGAAAAAGAUAUGCACAGUUAUUAAAAUUUACGAGAAACUCUGAAUAUGUUUUUUCAUGGCACCAGUAUUAUGCAGAUUUGCAAAAUUUCAAAACAGGUCCUCAAAGAGGCUGUAUUGUGAUCAACGGCAAAGAUUACAGUGACCUUAAUGAAUGCCUUCAAAUUCUAAAACACUUUGAAACUUGGACUAAUACUUUGUCCGCAUUUCAGUCAAAUUUUGAAAGCAGUGAUCACAAUUUUGCAGAGAAGGCCAGUUUCAUGGAUCCCAGAUACAAAGACAAAUCAAUCAUUUAUACUACAAAUGGUGUCAAGGACUAUGGGUAUAUUACUAUAACUGAUGAAUUGUACCAACGUGUGUUGUCAAUGAAACAGGAGGCAGGUACACAAUCUUUGCAAAACAUUCCUGACCUACAGACACCCGGACCAUCAUCUUCUCACAGCGUCACAGCGAACCAGGCAGUACCGCGUGGAUUACCAACUGCAGAACUGUUGUUGGACUUUCUAAAUGAAAAAGAAAGAACUCGUGAAUUCAGAUUGGUAUUGUAUUAUAAGAAUAUGUUGAUACACGAGCCAGGUCAAAAUGUUGACCCCUUUAAGUUUUGGAAUGUGUUUCGUUUACUUUAUUUAAGUAGUAAUCCUGAUCCCACUGUAAGGGAGUUUUAUAAAAUGUCUCAGAAAUAUUUGUGUAUUCCUGCCACCGCAGUCCCAGUUGAAACGAUUCCUGGUGAAUUCCUCUGGGCCAAAACACCCAAUGAAAAAUUGUAUAAUGAACGCAGGGAACGUCUGCCUCAUGAAAAGAUUUCAGAAAUAUUAUUUUUACAUAGUUAUUAUUUUAGAAAUUAAAAUAUAGUAAUAAGUUUCAUUUUAUUUUAUUGUAAGUAUAUUUAAGCUAUACAUAAUAAUCUCAUACUGUUGUAAUGCAAAUUGAAUUGGAUUAAUACAUAAUAAUGUCAGGUGCUUAUCGAUAGAACUUUUGUUACUUUUUUAUAUUAAAGAAUGUACUUUUUGGA